AUGGUUUCCUCCCCGCCCGCGGGCCGUCCUUUGCCGGUCGUCUACCUCACCGACAGCACGACCGACCCGACUGUGCGGAUCACGGCCUUCCUUUUGAAGGUCAGGGCUGGCGGCGUGAUGAUGGCCCUUCCCGGCGACGACCUGGUCAGCGAGCUCCUGGGCAACCUGAACGACGCGCACCCAGACACACCUUUGUAUUUUACAGCGGUGCAGGUUGCUUGCGAAACUCCUCGACGGCGGCCCGUGGGGGAGCUCUCGCUCAACUUCGUGGAUGUGCCUUGGAGCUGGCUUCCCUUCCUUCGUUCGGGGGCGGCUCUUCGCGGCAGCCGGUUGGACCUCAUCACUAUAAAGUCGGGCGAGACUGUGGUGAGGCCUAUUUUCGAUGCAGCUCAGGCCGCCGCCGAGCUCUGGAUUACGACUGCCCUGGAGGACCCGGACCUGCAAGGGAGUGGUCUGGGGGAGUAUGUCACCGCGGCCGAGGACUUGGAUGGUCUUCCCCUGGAGGACCACGAGGAGGGCGAAGCCGACGAAGAGGGGGCUGCGGAUGCUGGGGAACUGGCUCGGCUGCGGGCUCGCCUUCAUGCUUUGGAGCUCUCGGCCAACACUGCUCCCCCUGCCGGGGCCGGUAUUGGUGGCUUUGCUUCUCGGGGCCCUUCUGCCCAAGCUCGCCGUGGUGCUCGCGAUUUGUUUCCUCCUUCGGGGUCGGCUGCCAUCACAGAUCGCUCAGCACGAGCGAGAGCCCCGCGGGGCACUUACGAGGCAGGCAGACGACCUCCUUGCAGAGAUCGAGGCGGGCGCCAUCCAAGACGAGGGGCUCCCCGCCGGGGGUUCCAACGACUCGGUGCUGGAGAAGCUCUUCUUGAUCCAGACCCAGAUGUUGGCUCGCCUUUCGGCGGGCAAACCAAGGAGCCCCUGGAGGCUGCAUUGGGUUCCGGCGGGGGCAAAGACGACGCCAGUCUGUCCGCAAAGGGCUCGGCGGCGAGGGACGCCUAUGUUCGCCUCUUGAAAGACAACGUCGCCGUGGCCGAGCAGAUCAGGCGUUUGGCUGCGGAGGAGCUCGGCGAGGAUGUGCAGGCGCCGCCCCCGAAUCUCAUGCGGACCUUCGUGGAGAAGAGAAGCCCUGUGGCCGAGCAUCGCACCUUGGCCCUGGUGAGCAUGUUCGCUGCACACGGCUGGGAGCAGGCCCGCGAAAAGCGGAAUGCGGACCUGGAGGCUUGGUGCUCUCGCCUUUUGAUGUUCACCGACCAGUGUGCGACCGAGGGGGGCCGAACUCAGCUGGGGUGGCUUCUCACGGGGCUUCCGGAUCCGGCGUGGAGCUCCAUGGCACGCCGGAGGCAGGGGGUCAGGCCCUUCUCUCGUUUGUGCCCGAGCCUUUGGUUGAGCGCGAACGUGGCUUACCUUCGGGAGAUGGAGUGGCUCUCUUCUCGAAUGUCUGCAACAGGCGAGGCAAGCAAGGACCAACCCAAGGACACCCCCGAGCCCGAGGACAGCGCCACCCCGCGAUCUGUGGCCAGUCCCGAUGCCCUCGGCACGAUGGUAGGCUGUCUCAACUGGCUUGCUUUGGGUUGCCCUUCGCAUGCCCCGGCUCAUGCUCAUAUCCACGGACGCUUCAGCCUCGCCACUCUCGGUCGAUCGGGGGAAAAAUUUUCUGCAUUGUUGAGCGGGGCCCUGGAACUGUCUCAGGCUUCUGCUGUGGGUGCCUCGACGACGGCUCCUUCGUGCAAUGGGCAUCCUGAGGUUUGCUCAAGAAUGCAAUUGCGCUCGAAAGUGCCGUUGCGUGACACUGAAAUCUUUGCUGCUGCUGAUACUGCGUAUCCCCUGGUGGGCUUGGUGCCCCAUCCGGGGAAACGUAAACGACAGGUCACUUCUGGCACCUUCCUCGGUGCAGAUGUGGAUGGUUGCGAAGGGUUGGUUUCGGCGCCGCGGCACCGCAUCGGAGUAUUGAUGAGAAUAACUUCCUUAGUCUCGCGGCACGGCCGAUGCACACCUGCGCUUUUGGCAUCGAUCCUCGGACUUUGGGUGCAUAUCCUUUUGUUUCGAAGGCCGGUGUUCUCAAUACUAGGUCAAGUGUUUGCCGACGCCAGACGCACACCGGCGAACAGAGUUUUUCAGCUUCAUCGCGAUUCUGUGAACGAACUUGCAUGUUUGUGUAUCAUGGGGCCGCUGAUUCAAGCUGAUUUGCGUGCCGGCUACCCAGACAAAGUUUUUUGUAUGGACGCGUCUCCGACUGGCGCGGGCAUUUGCUGUGCGGCCCUGCCAGGUCACGUGGUGAAAGAGUUGUGGCGGCACACUGAGCAGAAGGGCUUUUACACUAAGCUUUUGGAGCCAGCCUCUGCCCUUCUUCAAUCGCUUGAUUUGUCAGAUGAUCCUGGGGCGGCUUUCGUGGAGAACCUUCCCUCUGCCAGUGCUGCUCCGUUUUCUCCGGAACCUUUGCCCUUCCGUGCGCCACGUUCUGGUGGCGGCUCCUUCCUUUGCCUUUUCGAAGGUGACUGCAACUGGGUCCCCGCGCACACGCGUGCAGGCUUGCGUGACUACGGUGUUGAACGUCCUGAGUUCUCUGCGCUGUCGUUUGAAGACCUCGAGGACCGCGCUACGUUCUCUUCGCUGUGCACUCUUGCCCUCAGUGGCUUGGUGCAUGACUGGCACUGUCACCCGCCCCCUGCUUCGUUCUGCGGUGCUUGCCCCGACGUUCGCUCCAGUGCUGUCGCCGGCCUUCGUUCCUGCGACAACCCUGCUGGCCUCGGUUUCCAGUCGGACGAGCUUUCUCGUGACAACACUUUGGCUCGUCGGUUGUGCUUUCUUCUGUGCCUCGCCGCUAGCGCUGGCUCUUUUGUGAGCGUGUCGCACCCUGCCGAGAGUCUGCUUUUCCGGCUUCACUGCUUCAGGGGUCUGGUUGCGUUGGGCGCCGUUGCCACCGAGGUUUCCCUCUGCGCGUUCGGCUCACCUUGUCAGUGCGCCACCACGUUCUUGCACAACAAGCCGUGGUUGCACCAGCUCGGCCGGACUUCUGGGGGUUGCACGUGCCCGGCUUCCUCUCCGCACUUUGCUUCGGGUGGGCGCUUCACGGCCGCCAGUCUUUCUGACUUUUGCGACCUCUGUCGUCCGGACGUUUCUGCAGUGUUGGGUCGUCCCCCUGUCGUGGGCGAGCUGGUGUCUGACUUCUCCCGCCGGUACCCGUUGCCUCUUGCGUGCCGCAUUGCCUCGGGCAGUGCUCUUGCCAGCACGGGCGUUACCUCUGCGAUGCCAGUCUCGGCCUUCGUGUCCACCCUCCUUUCCUUAAGGUUUAGUGGUUUAGACUCUUUACCCCCCUUGCCAACCGACUACGCUUUUGAGCCACGGCAGUUCUUUGACGAUCCCGAGUGGAUCAGUGAGCUUUCAGAUUGCCUUGACUUUAAAGAGGCUUUAGCUCGAGGUGAGUUCCGCCUUUUUGACCUUGUCUGUGCCUCGGCCGCUGUUCCUCGCCUCUUAGGCCGCUGGCUUCGCCUGCUUUUACUGUUGGCCGGGGAUGUUGAGCGCAACCCUGGUCCUUUCCACAGUGGGGAGCCUCGGGGGCACUUGGACAUGGAGGGUGGUUUUGCUGUGUCGACGCGCCAUAAGAUGGACAAGGCCCUUUCCGCUUUCAGUGUCUGGCUUGAGGCGUCCUUCAGCCUUUCCCUGGCCGCGGUCCUGUCUUCGGCGCCGGCCGCGGCUGCUGCUUUACGUGCUUGGGGCCUCUACCUUUACUCUUCUGGCCAGCCUCGCUACCUUCUUGUCUACGCCAUCACUGGCGUCCAAGACUGCCGCCCAGAGUUUCGCUCCCACCUGUCCCCGGCAUGGCAGGUUGACCGCAAGUGGCAGCAAGCUGAACCUGGUGAGUGCCGCCCUGUCAUCUCUCAGCCCAUUCUUCUGGCUGCAGUCAGUUUGGCUCUGUGCUGGGGCUGGUGUGACUGGGCGGCGGUGACCCUCGUCGGUUUCCUUUGCAUGUUGCAUCCGUCAGAGAUGAUUUGUCUCAUUCGGGCCGACCUUGUCUUCCCUGAGGAUGCCCUUUCUCCGGAUCCCGUUGCGUAUGUCCACAUCCGCAACCCCAAGACCCAGCGGUUCGCCCGCCGCCAGCAUUCGCGUCUUGAGGAUCCUCUUGUCCUGCUCCUUCUUGAAGCUCUUUACUUCGACCUUCCGCUUCCUUCGCGCCUCUUUCGCGGGUCCAUGCAUGUCUACCGGCGGCAAUGGAAUUGCAUUAUGGCUCGUUUGGGCGUCCCUCAUCGUCUUGCCGACAAGGGCGCAACACCCGGAGUCUUAAGGGGCUCCGGCGCUACGUUCUUGUACCUUGAAACUGAGGACUUGCCUCUUGUGGCAUGGCGAGGGCGAUGGAGCAAAACUAAGACGGUUGAGUUUUAUCUUCAGGAGGUUGCGGCCCAGCUUUUGUUGCAACGUCUUCCACGCUGGGCUCGCGAUCGCAUACGUCUCUUGAGUAGCUUCUCCAGAAGCUUGGUCCUGAAAGUUAUUCAGGACUGUGGCUAUCGCCAAGGAUGUUAA